AUGCACGCUGAGGAGCUGCCGUCCACGAGGCUGAGGAGGGAAGAGAGAGUCCGGGGCUCCCCAGGAGCAGUGCCAGGUUACAGCACCGUGGCGUUUGACGGAACCCCGAGCUAUGGCCACACGCCCUCUCACCACGCCGCUCAGUUUACAAACCACUCCUUCAAACACGAGGACCCCAUCAGCCAGCAGCCCUCGCUAGGGGACCAGCAGUACUCGGUGCCUCCCCCGGUGUACGGCUGUCACACCCCCACCGACAGCUGCACGGGCAGUCAGGCCCUGCUCCUCCGGACCCCCUACAACAGUGACAAUUUAUACCAAAUGACCUCACAGCUUGAAUGCAUGACAUGGAAUCAAAUGAACUUGGGAUCCACACUGAAGGGCCAUACAGCAGGAUAUGAAAAUGAGAACCACAGCGCUCCCAUGUUAUACAGCUGUGGGGCCCAAUACAGAAUACAUACCCAUGGAGUUUUUAGAGGCAUACAAGAUGUCCGACGGGUGCCAGGAGUAGCUCCAACUAUUGUCCGAUCAGCAAGUGAGACAAAUGAAAAACGUCCCUUCAUGUGUGCGUACCCUGGCUGUAACAAGCGAUACUUUAAGUUGUCCCAUUUACAGAUGCACAGCAGAAAGCACACUGGUGAAAAACCUUAUCAGUGUGAUUUUAAGGACUGUGAACGAAGAUUUUCUCGUUCAGACCAACUCAAACGGCACCAAAGACGACACACAGGUGUGAAGCCUUUCCAGUGUAAAACCUGUCAGAGAAAGUUCUCCAGAUCUGAUCAUCUGAAGACUCAUACCAGGACUCAUACAGGUAAAACAAGUGAAAAGCCUUUCAGUUGCCGGUGGCCCAGCUGUCAAAAAAAAUUUGCCAGGUCUGAUGAAUUAGUUCGUCAUCACAACAUGCACCAGAGGAACAUGACUAAACUGCAGUUGGCCCUUUAGACAGUUCAAACAAGUGAAUAAACCAGAUGGGACAUUAUGAGCUACUGCAAACUUUAUCAGCCAUCUUCGAUUACCUCUGUCAGAAAGCUGCAGCUGUCUUCGCAUCCCAUUUGACACAAGUUAACUAAACCGUAGGAUUCUGCUCAGCUUUGUCUUCCAUUUGGACUUACACAAGUUCCUAUUCAAUAAGUUCAAGAGAUUUUCAUUUGUAAUUUUGUUAAAAAGUAAGCAAGAUUGCCACAGUUUCAAGAUUACUAUAAGCUAUGCUUACCUUUCACGCCUGUCUCCAAUUUUCUGGUUUUAUUUUCACUUGAACUUUUCUAGGUACAAAUUGCUGUACCUUUUUAAGUCCUGCAGUGGGUAGGGUGAUUCCUCCUUGUCAAAGGUGAGGUUUACGCUUACUUCAUCUGUGCACAUGCUGAGGUUUCCAAAUGCUAGUGCAACUAUCCUCACAAAAUGAGAUGGAACAAUCACCUGAGAUACUUUUGGUAAACUUUGUACUCGUACUGCCAAAGGGCAAGCUUUUAAAGUUGGAAGCUGUGCUUUUGAAUUUCACAAAUCAAACCUUUUUUUAAAGGACGUAUUUCUAGAGCAGCUAAAGCUAGAUAAACCAGAGCCUCUCUGUACAGAAAAUAAGAAUCUUACCAUUAAGUUAACUUGUUUUUUAAAUAAUCACAUAAUUGAUCUCCGAAAACUGUUUUGUUUGUCAAUUAACUCUCCCUUUCUCUCUCUCUUUUUAAUGUAUUGGUUUAAAUCUAUUCUGUCAUGAGAUGCAUAGAUCUCCUUUACACAAAACUAAUUCCAAUCAUUGUAGACAUUUGGGAUUUGUUUACAAUGUAAAGCCACACUGGUUAUGUGGCUAGCAAGCUAUAUAAACUUAAAACUGAACUUUUAAUGGGGCUGGUCCAGGAUCUCCAUUAACAGAUUACUCUUAAGAUAAGUAACUUAAAAAGACUCGUUGUCAAGUAUAUGUGAAAAAGACAUUAUUAGUGUAAGGAAAUAUAUUGUUUCAGGGUUUUGGGAGGAGGGGUUUAUUAUUUACUUUUAAUUGCUUGAAAUUGUGUGUAUAUAUAUAUCUGAUAAUGUAUUGCUCUUAGACAUCUAAAAUUAGAACGUGUAUAAAUAUUAGAUGCAUCACUGUUCUGAUGUUGUUGCUGUUACAAAGUAUUGAUAACACUAAGAAUGUAACCUGCAUUUUUCACUGAGCUUUCAAUUAAAGCCCAUUCAAAGAGAAACAAAUGA